CCUGCCGAUCGCCCAGGGCUGCGAGCCGCGGCGGCCGGGGGCUGCGCGCCGGGGCGGCCCAGGCCGAGGAAGUUAGUUGCGCGCGGAGCAGGCGAGCGAACGAGUGAAGCAGCAGCGAAGCGCCGGGGCCAUGGGCUGGGGGAGCCGCUGCUGCUGCCCGGGACGGCUGGACCUGCUGUGCGUGCUGGCGCUGCUCGGGGGCUGCCUGCUCCCCGUGUGCCGGACGCGCGUCUACACCAACCACUGGGCAGUCAAAAUCGCCGGCGGCUUCCCGGAGGCCAACCGCAUAGCCAGCAAGUACGGAUUCAUCAACAUAGGACAGAUCGGGGCCCUGAAGGAUUACUACCACUUCUAUCACAGCAGGACGAUUAAAAGGUCAGUUCUCUCAAGCAGAGGAACCCACAGUUUCAUUUCAAUGGAACCAAAGGUGGAGUGGAUCCAACAGCAAGUGGUGAAAAAACGGACCAAGAGGGAUUAUGACUUCAGCCGUGCCCAGUCCACUUACUUCAAUGAUCCCAAGUGGCCAAGCAUGUGGUAUAUGCACUGCAGUGACAACACACAUCCCUGCCAGUCAGACAUGAAUAUCGAAGGAGCCUGGAAGAGAGGCUAUACAGGAAAGAACAUCGUGGUCACCAUCCUGGACGAUGGCAUUGAGAGGACCCAUCCGGACCUGAUGCAGAACUACGAUGCUCUCGCAAGUUGCGACGUGAAUGGGAAUGACUUAGACCCUAUGCCUCGUUACGACGCAAGCAAUGAGAACAAGCACGGAACCCGCUGUGCUGGAGAAGUGGCUGCCGCAGCAAACAACUCACAUUGCACUGUCGGCAUUGCUUUCAACGCCAAGAUUGGAGGAGUUCGAAUGCUGGAUGGAGAUGUCACAGAUAUGGUUGAAGCAAAAUCAGUUAGCUUUAACCCCCAGCAUGUGCACAUUUACAGUGCGAGCUGGGGCCCAGACGAUGAUGGCAAGACCGUGGACGGACCUGCUCCACUCACCCGGCAAGCCUUUGAAAACGGCGUUAGAAUGGGGCGGAGAGGCCUCGGCUCUGUUUUUGUCUGGGCAUCGGGAAAUGGCGGAAGGAGCAAAGACCACUGCUCCUGUGACGGCUACACCAACAGCAUCUACACCAUCUCCAUCAGCAGCACAGCGGAAAGCGGAAAGAAACCUUGGUACCUGGAAGAGUGUUCAUCCACGCUGGCCACAACCUACAGCAGCGGAGAAUCCUACGAUAAGAAAAUAAUCACUACGGAUCUGAGGCAGCGUUGCACGGACAACCACACUGGGACAUCGGCCUCAGCCCCCAUGGCUGCAGGCAUCAUUGCACUGGCCCUGGAAGCCAAUCCGUUUCUGACCUGGAGAGACGUGCAGCAUGUUAUUGUAAGGACUUCCCGUGCAGGACAUUUGAACGCUAAUGACUGGAAAACCAAUGCUGCUGGUUUUAAGGUGAGCCAUCUCUAUGGAUUUGGACUGAUGGAUGCAGAAGCCAUGGUGAUGGAGGCGGAGAAGUGGACCACUGUUCCCCAGCAGCACGUGUGUGUGGAGAGCACAGACCGACAAAUCAAGACGAUUCGCCCCAACAGUGCAGUGCGCUCCAUCUACAAAGCAUCGGGCUGCUCGGACAACCCCAACCACCACGUCAACUACCUGGAGCACGUGGUCGUGCGCGUCACCAUCACUCACCCCAGGAGGGGAGACCUGGCCAUCUACCUGACCUCGCCCUCGGGAACCAGGUCCCAGCUUUUGGCCAACAGGCUUUUUGAUCAUUCCAUGGAAGGAUUUAAAAAUUGGGAGUUCAUGACCAUUCACUGCUGGGGAGAACGAGCUGCUGGUGACUGGAUCCUGGAAGUUUAUGAUACUCCCUCUCAGCUGAGGAACUUCAAGACUCCAGGUAAAUUGAAAGAAUGGUCUUUGGUCCUCUAUGGCACCUCCGUGCAGCCAUACUCACCCACCAAUGAGUUUCCUAAAGUGGAACGUGUCCGGUAUAGCCGAGUCGAAGACCCCACUGAUGACUAUGGGACCGAGGAUUAUGCAGGUCCCUGUGACCCUGAGUGCAGUGAGGUGGGCUGUGAUGGGCCAGGACCAGACCACUGCAAUGACUGUUUGCACUAUUACUACAAGCUGAAAAACAACACCAGAAUCUGUGUCUCCAGCUGCCCCCCUGGCCACUACCAUGCCGACAAGAAGCGGUGCAGAAAGUGUGCCCCCAACUGCGAGUCCUGCUUUGGGAGCCACGGGGACCAGUGCCUGUCCUGUAAAUAUGGAUACUUCCUGAAUGAAGAAACUAACAGUUGUGUCACUCACUGCCCUGAUGGAUCGUAUCAGGACACCAAGAAAAAUCUUUGCCGGAAAUGCAGUGAAAACUGCAAGACAUGUACUGAAUCUGACAACUGUACAGAAUGUAGGGAGGGGUUAAGCCUGCAGGGAUCCCGGUGUGCCGUCGCCUGUGAGGACGGACGGUACUUCAAUGGCCAAGACUGCCAACCCUGCCACCGCUUCUGCGCCACCUGUGCUGGAGCAGGCACUGAUGGCUGUAUUAACUGCACAGAGGGCUACUUCAUGGAGGACGGGAGAUGCGUGCAGAGCUGUAGUAUCGGCCAUUACUUUGACCACUCUUCAGGAAAUGGAUACAAAUCCUGCAAAAAAUGUGACGCCAGCUGUUUGACAUGCAACGGUCCAGGGUUCAAGAACUGUACAAGCUGCCCCAGUGGGUAUCUCUUAGACUUAGGAAUGUGUCAAAUGGGAGCCAUCUGCAAGGACGGAGAAUACACUGACGAGCGUGGCCGUUGCCAGAACUGUGAAGCCUCGUGUGCCAAGUGCCGGGGGCCAACCCGGGAAGACUGCACUGGCUGCCUGGCCACAAGGAUUUUUGAUGAUGGCCGCUGUGUUUUGAACUGUCCCUUGGGCAAAUUUGAGUAUAAGAACCAAUGCUAUCCAUGCCACUCCACCUGCCAAGAAUGCCAAGGAGAUGAGCCUUCCAACUGCACCUCCUGUGGAGCAGAUAAGCACGGUCGAGAGCGGUUCCUGUACUGGGGGGAGUGUCGGGAGAGCUGCCCCAUGGGCCACUACCCUGACGAGGGCCACACCUGUCGGCCUUGCCCAGACAACUGUGAGCUUUGCCACAGCGCACAUGUCUGCACAAGAUGCAUGGGUGGCUACUUCAUGGUGCCCUCCAACCACACCUGCCGGAAGUUAGAGUGUGGCCAAGGUGAAGUUCGAGACCCAGACUACGAAGAAUGCAUGCCUUGUGAAGAAGGGUGUCUGGGAUGCAGCUUAGAUGAUCCAGGAACCUGCACAUCAUGCAUUAUGGGGUAUUACAUGUUCAAACAGCACUGUUAUAAAACCUGUCCUGAGAAGACCUACAGGGAAGAAUCUGAAUGCAAAGCAUGUGAUGCCAACUGCGGCAACUGUGACCAGAGUGAAUGCUACUGGUGCGAAGAGGGUUUCUUCCUCUCGGGCGGCAGCUGCGUGAGGAACUGUGGCCCUGGCUUCUACGGUGACCCGGAGAUGGGAGAAUGUGAGCCCUGCCACCGAGGCUGCAAAACCUGCACCGGCCUUGGCCACGACCAGUGUAGCAGCUGCCGUGAAGGGCUGCAGCUGCUGCGUGGGGCCUGUGUGCAUCCGGCCCAGGCCCAGGUGGAAGGCAGAUUCUGGAAUGAACCCGUGCCCACGGCAAGCCCAUCUUCGAUGAAGAGCCUGCUGCAGGAACGACAAAAGUGGAAGUUUCAAAUCAAAAGAGACCUAUUGAGAAGAUACCAGCCUUGUCAUUCUUCUUGUAAAACCUGCCAUGAAUCUGCAACCCUUUGUACUUCAUGUCCAAAAGGCACAUAUCUGUUGGCUCAGACCUGCAUCCCAUCCUGUCCCCAAGGCACGUGGCCCUCAGUGAGGAGCGGCAGCUGUGAGAACUGUACAGAGGACUGUGCCUCUUGCUCCGGAGCCAAUCUUUGCAAUAAGUGCCGAACGCACCCAGACCACCCCCUCUUCCUCUACCAAGGCAGGUGCUCCACCAGGUGCCCUGAGGGCUUCUAUGCAGAAGACAGCACUUGUGAACGCUGUAGCUCUUCCUGCCGAACAUGCGAAGGGAAUGCCACCAACUGCCACUCGUGCGAAGGAGGCCUCGUCCUGGACCAGGGGGCGUGCCGGGAAACCUGUCCCGAGAGGCACGUGGCCAUGGAAGGGGUGUGCAAGCACUGCCCAGAGAUGUGUCAAGACUGCAUCCAUGAGAAAACAUGCAAAGAGUGCAUGCCUGAGUCCUUCCUGUACAAGGACACAUGCCACCAGUCCUGUCCCAGCCACUUCUACGCGGAUGCGCGCCACUGUGUUCCCUGCCAUGAAGACUGUCUGGAGUGCAGUGGCCCCUCAGCAGAUGACUGCGACCUCUGUGCUGAGGCCUCCUUGGUUCUCUACAAUGGGCAGUGUUUGGAAGCGUGUCCCGAAGGAACUUACUUUGAAAAAGAGACUAAGGUUUGCAAAGACUGCCACGAGUCCUGCCGGACCUGCUCGUCCUCGGGGACCUGCACGGCAUGCCGGGAAGGCCUGAGGGUGAACAACCACGGGGGCUGUGAGCCUCACACCGAAUGCGCCGCCGUCGAGUACUGGGAUGAGGAGGCCCUGGUGUGCAAGGCCUGUCACACCAAGUGCUUCCGCUGCACAGGGCCCUCUGAGGACCAGUGUCACACCUGCCUGCGGGACAGCCUUCUUCUCAACACAACCUGCGUGCAGGACUGCCCCGAGGGCUACUACGCGGAUGAGGACAGCCACAGGUGUGCUCCCUGCCACAGCUCUUGUAGGACAUGUGAAGGGAGACACAGCAUGCAAUGCCUCUCCUGCCAGCCAGGCUGGUUCCAGCUGGGAAAGGAGUGCCUGCCCCAGUGCAGAGAAGGAUACUACACAGACAACUCCACGGGGCGGUGCGAGAGGUGUAGUAGGAGCUGCAAGGCCUGCCAGGGCCCUCAGCCCACAGACUGCCUGUCCUGCGAUCCAUUCUUCUUUCUGCUGCGCUCCAAGGGACAGUGUCAUCGCACCUGCCCAGAGCACUACUACGCGCAGCAAAGCACACAGACCUGUGAGCGAUGCCACCCAACUUGCGAUAAAUGCAAAGGAAAAGGAGCAUUGAAUUGCUUAUCCUGUGUGUGGAGUUACCACCUGGUGGGAGGAAUCUGCACCUCAGACUGUCUUGUGGGGCAGUACAGAGUGGGAAAGGGGGAGAAAUUUAACUGUGAAAAAUGUCAUGAGAGCUGCAUAGAAUGCAAGGGACCUGGCACCAAGAACUGUACCGUAUGUCCUGCCAACUUGGUGCUGCACAUGGACGACAGCCGCUGCUUGCGCUGCUGUAAUGCCUCGGAUCCCACGGAUGCCCAGGAGUGCUGUGACUGCCACGACACCACAGAUGAGUGCAUCCUUCGAGCAAGUGAGGUUGAGCCUGCAGGCGAGCGUUCCAAGACAGCCCUGUUCAUCACCUCCUCUGUUUUGCUGGUGCUUCUGCUCGGGGCAGCUGUGAUCGUCUGGAGGAAAUCUCGGGGCAGAGUCAGGCCAACAGAAAAGGCUGGCUAUACAAAGCUGGCUGACCCUAGCAAGUCUUACUCCUCCUAUAAGAGCAGCCAUCUCGAGGGCACUAGCUUUGAAGAGGAUCAGGUGAUUGAGUACAGGGACCGGGACUAUGAUGAGGAUGAUGACGAUGACAUUGUCUACAUGGGCCAAGAUGGCACUGUCUACCGGAAAUUUAAGUAUGGGCUGCUGGACGAUGUUGAAGAAGAUGAGCUGGAAUACGAUGAUGAGAGCUACUCCUACCAGUAA